UUGGAGGUUGAUGCUAUCUAUUUUUCUUCUUACAAUUCAUCUUUGGCAGAACAAUCCUAACUGCAGCGAUCAAACUUAUUGCAGGUUCCAGCAAAGCACGAAGCUAACAAUGAUGGAGAUACCUAGCAUUUUCACUCCUGAAGAUUGGUCCUUCGCUUUUUAUGAGGGCCUUAAUCAGCAUCAAGAUUCCACUUCCAGGGAUAAGACGUAUGGAGAGCUGGGGUGUGGCAAUGGUUGGAUAUCUAUUGCGCUUGCAGAGAAGUUGUCCCCUUUGAAGGUCUAUGGUCUGGAUAUUAACCCAAGGGCCAUCAAGAUUGCAUGGAUAAAUCUAUACUUGAAUGCCCUAGACGACAAUGGUCUCCCGGUCUAUGACAGGGAGGGAAAAACAUUGCUGGAUAGAGUUGAAUUCCAUGAAUCUGAUCUUCUUUCAUACUGUAUAGAUAACAAGAUAGAACUUGAUUGCAUUGUUGGCUGCAUACCACAGAUUCUUAACCCCAAUCCAGAGGCAAUGUCAAAGAUUAUGACUGAAAAUUCAAGUGAGAAGUUCUUGUACUCCUUGAGCAACUACUGUGCUCUUCAGGUUUUUUUUGAGGACCAGUUUGGCCUCGGGUUGAUUGCUCGGGCAGUUGAAGAAGGGAUAGCUGUCAUAAAGCCUAUGG